AUGGCGCCCAAACAAAGACAGAAAUUGACGGCGGCGGCGGCGGCGGCGGCGGCGGCGGCGGCAGCAGCAGCAGCGACGGUGCCGGAGCCGACGACGAUUGAUUCAAUCGGAGAAGACCUUCUUAACAACAUUCUGUCUCGGUUAUCAGCAGAAUCAUGUGCAUCAGCAGCAUGUGUGAACAGUAGUUGGAAUCUCAUCAUCAAUCGCUUUCUCACUCUUCCAAACCUUUCUUCUGCUCUUUCCUGCAAUCCUUGUCUUCAGGAUGCUGUGGAUGAGGUUGUUGACAAGGUCUUAGCUAGGCCGAUUCGGCCCCAGUUUGUAAUGGCUUCCAUCGGUCCUUCUUAUGACUUGAAGGAAGCUCACUAUCUCAUUACUGGUAGAUUCGGUUGCCAAAUUCCAGUUAUCACUUCGAUAUCCUAUGGAAUUUUUGGGCAAGAUGCUAACACUAACCAGUUUGAAGAGGUUCAGUGGAACACCAUGAAAGAUAACCAGGCUCAUGAGGAUCUUCGUAAUGAGGACGAGGGUGUUUUAGUGACUGUUGGUUUCUUGCCAGGAUUAAUAGUUGAUUUAAUCCCAUUAAAAAGGGCUCGGGUACUCUUGAUUGAUGAUUUCAUGAGGAGUAUCACGGACCUCUCGUUUUCUCGUUCUGCAUCAUCACCAAUGGGAAUUUUGUUAUUUUCUGACAAGGACAUUGACAUCAAACCGGUCCUUGCAAAGUUGGAUUAUGCUUUUACCGAAGAGACUGUCAUUGUGGGUGAUGCGGGUUCUCGUUUUUUAUACCAAGAUGGAACAAUAAGUAACCGUUUUAAUAACAGAGAGUCCAGUUCAGCUGCUGUAGCUCUUCUGUUUUCAAGGGAUACAAACAAACUUCCUGGUGUUGGGGAAACUCAGUUUCAUGUAAUGUUAUCUACUGGCGUUUCACCAAUUGGGUCUAUAUACAAAGCUGUUAAUGUUGAGGCGAAAUUUCGUGACAAUUCUACUCAGUUCAUGGUGAGAACAGAAGGCAUUGAUUAUUAUCUGGAUGGUGAGACUAUUUUAGAUCAGAUUUAUGAUGAGCUGGGAGAUCAUACCCAUUCUCAAACUCUCUAUGUUGGAGUUCCAAAGACGAGGAGAUGCACUUUUGGGGAUGUUCGCAUAAGUUCGAUGUGUAUGCAUGAAUUCUAUUUGGUUUUAAGAGGUGAUAACGAGUAUCUCUAUGUCCAUGGUGAUGGUAUCAGUGAUUUCGACUCCUUCCAGUUUUACCAUGCAAAUCCUGAUUUGGCAUAUGCUUCUUGCAACGAUGUUUCAAACGACAUGAAGCUUCUGAAGCAGGAUCUAAACCACCUAAAAAAUGAUGAUCAUUCUAAUAGCAAUGGAAGCAUGCAUAUGCAUAAGAAGUCUGUUUUUGGUGGUAUGAUGUUCGCUUGCUAUGGUCGUGGAAAGUUAUUUUUUGGUGAACCUAAUGUAGAUGCCUCACCUUUCUUGGAGAACUUCCCUGGGGUUACCUUCUCAGGAACCUAUUGUAAUGGAGAAAUUGCACAUGGAGAUUAUAGCUUCUACGUAAAGGAGUCUAAAGGACAAAGCUGUAUACGUUGCAGUUUGCACGAAUUUAGCACUGUCUACCUUGUUAUGUCAUAUACUCCUCCUGCAUUGCCAGAAGAUUAG